AUGCACCCCCUCUCUGUCCUCAGCCUUGGGAUCUUCGUCGCCGGCUACAUCACCGCCCGAUGGGACCUGGUGACACGCCUCUAUGAGCUUGCCAUAUUCGCUUGGGACUACGGAGUUGUUACACGCGCCGCCAAGGGCUUUGCGCUCCUGACCUUCGUCUACCUCCUCAUCUUUAUCCCCGUGGAACGUUUAGCCACCAAGGAAGCGAACCUGCGCUCGGCUGACAUGCCAGAAAAUGACGGUUUAAUGAGGAUAUUCUGGCCGACGGACAUCCAGCGCUCCGACCUGCCUGGCGUUGUUGUGGGAUGGAGGAACUCGACCCUAGAUGUCUUCGUCGUAGCCAUACUCGACGAUGUCGAUGCCGGCCAUGUUGAAUUCGCCCUCAAAAUCGGCACCCUCUUCCGAAACCCCCCUCACCCCGUAAACAGCAUCUACGAACGGUGCGGCCACGGAGCGAUGCAUGUUUUGGGUCUCACCAACCCUAGCGACGCCGUCGUGCUCGACCCCUCUCUGUUCGUCGCGACGACGACCCUGGCCGGUGUAAAGCCCCCUCGAAUCACUUGUGCCAAAGCCUUGAGCAUACAAAUCAUCCUCUACGACCGCCCGCGCCCUAACAGAAUGCAAUACAUUUCGCUCAAUCCUAUCUCGCUCGCUUUAGGAAACAAGGAGGCUCCGGGCUUACCACCGACAGAGCACAUGUCCGAGGAGGAGAAGCAAGAACUAAAGAUGAAGGAGCAGAAGAGGAAAUUGGUGGAAAAGCUGAAACUCCACACCAUCAUCAAGCGAAACCCCUCGCCAAAAGAGAAGGCCCUGCCGAAAAUCGUGAACCAAAUCAACUGGUCCUGGCAGCUGGAGCAGCUUCUGCAAAAGAACAUCUCACGGAUCGGUACCAGGCCCAAGCGGACACUGAGUGUCUCGGAGCGGGUAGUGGAGAACGUGACAACAGUGCGGAACUUCGUCUGGGACCUCCUGAUCCUAUACGUGCUUCCGCUGGUCCAGUGGGGAUUCGUGUAUAUGCUCAUGGGCCAUAGAGCGGUUGCCGAGCUCCUCCUUCAGAUUCUGGAGUUUCGACUGAAGGAUAACUACCUGGCCCUGAAGGACAUCUCGGCGACGGCGCAGCAAGUAGAGAUCCGGCUUCAGCAAUUUUGCUACUGGCCCAUGCAGUAUACGACGUUGCGGCAGCGUAAGAACGAUUGGGAGAGCGUCACGACUAGCCACCCCGACUACAUCCGUUUCUACAACAGCCUGUGGCUCGUCGCCAAUGAUGUUAUCAUAGGCAUCGCGCUGGGUUCCUACAUCAUCGACAAUGCGGACUGGGCCGCCAAUGCAAUCAGUGAGCUGUUGAGGGUGUACACGGUCGAGGCGCUGCAACGAAGCAUUUCUUGGCUCAUGGGCUGGCCUGCGGGUCUGAAACUGAACAAGGAGUUGGCGUUGUUUCUCGGAGAUCUGUUUCUAUGGGUCAUCGAGUAUUGGUCGAACUGCAUCGCAGCCCUUCAGCCAGUUUUGCCUCGCAUCAUCUGGUUCAUCGGCUUCUCCAGCUUCGCCGGUGCCAGCAUGCCUAUCGCCAUGUUCUCGGACCUGCUCUCUGGUCUGACAAUUCACAUCUACUCCUUUUACCUCGCGUCUGCUCGAAUCUACCACUGGCAGCUAACGAUCCUCAUCUCGCUCUUUCAUCUCUUCCGCGGUAAGAAGCACAAUGUCCUCCGCAACCGCAUUGACUCGUGCGACUAUGAUCUGGACCAGCUCCUUGUCGGCACUAUCCUCUUCACCCUGCUCUUCUUCCUCCUUCCGACGGUGGUUGUAUUCUAUCUCAACUUUGCCGUUGCGCGGAUGGUCAUCAUCUCGCUCAAGGCCGUUUUCGAUACACUUCUGUCUUGUCUAAACCAUUUCCCCCUUUUUGCGCUGAUGUUACGGGUCAAGGACCCGAGACGACUUCCAGGCGGCAUUCGUUUUGAGCUUCGAGAUACCCAUGAUUAUAGACUUAGUAAUACUUCCAACGAACCGCCUACCUCUGUCAUUUACCUCAAGUCCAUACCCCUCACCUUCCGAGCCAUGUUCCACCAGUACUUUCAGAUGGGGAGCCGUAUCCGCAAGCACUAUCUCUCCCCACGGGUGCUCCUCUGCCUGCUGACGGGCCAAUUCGUCCCGCCCCUCAACCGCAAGAACCUGUACAGCCUGCAGUACGGCAUGUUGCCUGCGCGCCGUGCGAGCUUCCGUCAGAUGUGGGACGCCAUCACGGCAACGCAGCCGUUGAGCAAGCCCGUGCCAUUCGUCGUGAACGGGAGGAGAUAUCCCUCGGGGCUUGGUGGUGGGGGGCGAACGAGAUACCACCACUAG